UGCAAAUCGAGUUGCAAUUGGAUAUUUUCAUUCAUUUUACGAAGUUUCAGCUGUCAAGAAUCAGACUCGAAUCGAAUCAUGGCAACAGCUACUUCCAUGCGACCGAAGACAAAAACUGGCCAGUGGUCAGCCAUCUUCCCUCCAGACCAAGUGACCCAGCAGCAGUCGGCCGUCUUUGUGAAGAAGCUCCUGGCUGUGGCAGUGUCAACUGUGACCUACUUACGGACCAUCUUCCCUGAACAUGCAUUCGGCGACAGAUCUCUUGAAGAUCUUAACCUGAAGAUUUUGAAAGAUGACAGCGCAUGUCCAGGAGCUUGCCAAGUCAUCAAAUGGAUGAAAGGGGCCUUUGAUGCACUUGACAAAAGAUAUCUCCGUGCCUUGAUCAUUGGGAUGUAUACAGACCCAAGCGACCCUAAUACUGCCAUGGAGACGUACACUUUCAAGUUCACCUAUUCCAAGAAUGGACCAGAUGUCGAUAUCUACAGGAACGAAGAGAAGAUUACAGGAGCGCAUACAGAGGCCCAGACGAAGAGAGCAACCCUCCAGCUCCUCAGGACCAUCCUAGUUCUGACCCAGUCUCUUAAGCUCCUCCCAGAUGACGUCAUGAUGACCAUGAAACUACUCUACUAUGAUGAUGUGACACCAACGGACUAUGAACCUCCAGGUUUCCAGGCAUCAGACAGCGACGCCUUCAAUUACGAUGAUGAACCUAUCAACCUCAGAGUAGGAGAAGUCACAACUCCCUUCCACACUGUUAAACUGAGGAUCACCACUGACAAGAAGCAGUUUGACAUGAAGCCUACAGGAGAAGAAGAAGGGGUAGAAGAAGAGGAGGAGGCAGAGAAGGAGAUGGAUAGUCAAGAAAUGAAGGAUCAACAAGAAGCAGACAUGGAGGAUACAGAAAGGGAGAAGAUCUGUUUGGAUGAAGAGAAUGCUGGCAUGAAAGAUGGUCCCAAGACGGCGGAGGAUGUCCCAGAUAGCAGUCCUAACGUACCAGGAGCUAUUGAUGAGGCUUCACAAAGCAGCAAGACUGGUGAGGAGGAAGAGGAGGUCCAUGAAGAGGCUGUUCCACAAUGCCCCUGUGGAUGCAAUGAGGAUGAUGGUCUGAUGAUUCAAUGUGAGAAAUGUCAGUACUGGCAGCAUGCAGUAUGCUUCAUGAUCCUACAUGAAGAUGACGUCCCUGAGAAACACUACUGUCACCAAUGUGGAAAGGUCGACGACCCACAAUGUGAACCCACCGACCCCUACCUCAGCCAGAUAGACUCCGCUCAAGUCAGAGCCACCUGCCUGUGGCGGCGCACACUGGAAGCAGCCAAGGACAUGGACAGAGUGACCGCGCCGACCUUGGCUAAACGGCUGGGGGUGGAGACUGGCGUUGCCCAGACCCUCCUCAAGAGGCUAGAGAAGGAAGGAUACUGCAGUGUGGACGCCAAGAAUAAAAGACUGGUGAAGUUUGUCAACCAGGAGAGAAUCGUGAAGCACGGUUUCCAGAAGUACCUCAGCAGACUGUCCCCCAGAGUAGAGCUUGAAGAGAUGGAAGCAGAAGAGAAACAAAAGAGGGUAGCUAUGGAGAACAAGAAGAACAAGACGAGCCUCCAACGCAAGAAAUACGUCAAAAAGUCUGAGUUGGAGAAGUUGACAGAUCAGGCUGCAGACCUGAGUGUAUCAGGGCUUAGGACCAGGUCUGGGCGCUCAUCAGGACCAGGCACUCCCAUGCAAGUCGAGGAAUUGCCAAAACAGAAAAGGUCUAAAAAGAGAAGCGCCACUACUCUGGAUGGGAAACAUGACUUUGAUUUGGCAUGCAGUCAGGAACCAGAUGGGGGUCAGGAGCGAAAAAGACGCAAGUCCAGCAUCGUCAACAAUCCUGUCCUUGCCUAGAUGAUAAACAGCAAACUUCACUAUCUCUCAGGGCAAGAAAGACGUAGAACCAAGCAUGUAGAUAUAAUGAUUUUGUGAAAUUAUCCAGCUAGCUGUGAGAUAUUUGACAGUCCAUGGACCUGUUUCAGAAAGCCUUUUGUCAAUGACAAAUGACAAAAAUCAGUGACAAAUCUGCUGAUAACCAAUCAGAAGCAAGGAUUUCACUAGCUUAUAACAACAACUGUCAUUUGUCACUGAUGACAAGUUUUGUGAAAUGGGCCCAGUUUGAAUAAAUGUUACAUAUCUUCAGUAUGGACCUUCU